AUGUCAAAUUGUCGUCACGUCAGAAGUCAGAAAAAUGGUGUAAUGUUUUCGCUCGAUUAAAUUUUAACUUUCUACGAUGGAGUCUAAUUUAAUAGACACCGAUGUCGGUGAUAAGUGUAAUUUAAAUGGUGAUUGUUCAUCUCCGCCGAAAAAGCCAGCUUUCAACAUGAACCACGCCAAAAAUAUCGAUGACAUUUCUACGCCUUCCGAAUUGAAAUUCGAUCAAGAGUUUAACUUCGAGGACCCUGACAUCACUGAGAAGAGAAGAGGGAUAGAAAAAUGCCUAUCAGAUCCGGAUUCAGUUAAUUUAGAAGAAUGGCAGAACUUGGCCAAAAGCAAAGGAGGUUUAAUAAGUGACGAUUACAGGAAAACAAUAUGGCCAUUAUUAGUUGGAGUGACAAAAGAAGAAAUGACAGAUCCACCGUCCCUGGAUGAACUAUCCACACAUCCAGAGUAUAAUCAGGUGGUGUUAGAUGUGAACAGAUCUCUGAAAAGGUUUCCACCUGGUAUCCCCUACGAACAACGUGUGGCGUUACAGGACCAACUCACAGUACUUAUUCUUCGGGUUAUCAUAAAGUACCCUCAUUUAAAAUACUAUCAGGGCUACCACGACGUGGCGAUCACUUUACUCCUGGUAUGCGGGUCGGUGUCGUCGUUCCCGAUGCUGUGCCGGCUGUCGCACGGCCCGCGCGCGCCGCUCGCUCCCUUCAUGCAGACCACUAUGCAGCCCACGCAGCACCUGCUCAACUACAUGCUGCCCGUGCUGAUGAGAGCUGACCGUGAUGCUGCGGACUGCCUUGACAAAGCGCAAGUGGGUACGAUGUUCGCCCUCCCAUGGUACCUGACAUGGUUCGGGCACAGCCUCAACCGUUACUCCGACGUCGUGCGUCUAUACGACUACUUCCUCUGCGCGCCGCCAUUGUUCCCCGUCUACGUCACCGCCGCCAUUGUGGCUUACCGAGGGGAUGAAGUGCGCGCGUGUGAGUGCGACAUGGCCAUGCUGCACUGUCUGCUGUCUAGGUUACCAGAUGACUUGCCCUUCGAAGACAUUCUGGUGACGGCCAAGAAACUGUACGAAGAAAACGACCCAGUUGAUCUCGAGCCAGAGGUGGCCGCGCUGGAAAGGAGAGAAGAGGAGCAACGCCGCCUAGAGGAGGAGCGUCUAAAGCGUCGUCAGGCGGCCGUGCGCGCGCGCAACAACCCGUCUCUCACCACGCGCCUGUCGCGGCGCCUCGCCCGUGCUCUGCCCGCGCUCGCGUCGCGGCGAACUCUGCUCGCGACCGCGACCGUGCUGCUCGGCGUCUACGUGUACUACCGCCCCGAUCUCCUCUUCAACAGAAAUUACGAUGAUUCAGUCCGAGAACUGUAAAGGGGUGUUAGGAAUAUCAAAAAUAAAGACAGGAAUAUAAAGGUAGAUUUUUUCUUUAUUACCUUAUAAUAACAUGCUAAAAUAAUUUGGCAUUCAUAACUUUCUAGAUGAUUUUUUUGAAGACAACAUUUUUGAACACAAUAGAUAUGCAUUAUGAUAAUACACACUACAUAAAUGGACGAAAUCUAUGAUUGUUGAAUAAGAAUCGAAUGAUCAAGUUAGAAGACUAAUUUCUAAUCGAAAAUAAAUGCUUGUAAAUAGCAAAUAAACUGUAAUU